AUGACGGCAAUUUAUCUUUACAGGAACCGCAUCGAGAGGACGGCGUCGAAGCGAUGGCGGGGCUCAGUACGACGGAUAGUAUCUGCCCUUAUUUAUAACCUCUCUUGCUUCACGCAUGGUUGCAGUACUGGAUGGGUAUCAGGCGUAUUAGGAAAUGAGGCGCUGACAGGAGGUGCAUGGUUAGCCGCGCUUCCGUGUCUAGUGGCGCUGCCUGCGGCGCCAUUCUUCGCUGUUCUAGCUGAUGCUAAAGGACGGAAGGCUGGGGCGUUUUGUAUCUGCAUUAGUUUUAUUAUCAACUGGGCCCUGAUAGCGUGGUGCGGCCCUCGCGGCGUGUGGGCGGCGCGCGUGGCGGCUGGGGCGGGCGGCGCGGGUGCGCUAUCUCUCGCGCCGCUGUACUGCGCCGAGAUAGCGCCCAAGGCAAGGGGUCUGGCUGCUAUGCCUGCUUUGGCUUGCAGUUGUGGCAUCCUCUUCGCAUACGGAGCAGGGGGUGUUUUAUCGCCGCAUGCGUUAUCACUCUCGAUGGCUGUACCAUCUGCAGUGCUUCUGGUCUCGCUGCUUUGGUUACCGGAGACUCCUUCCUUUCUUAUCAGUAUUGGGAGGAUCCAGGACGCAGCGAAAGUGAUGUGCUGGUUCGAUGGCUCCGAUUUCCGUGAGGACCUAACUGACGUAAUUGAACAACAAGAAGUUCGUAUAAGAACAUCAGAGUGCCACGGAAGACGCGAUUUGAUAAGACGACAGGACUCCGAUACCUUUCAGCCGAUGCUGAAGAGGAUCAGUGGACUAGAUUCGAAUUCUGAUAGAAAGACUGAACCGUCCGCUUGUAGGGAGCUUUUCCGCCACCGGCGAUGUCGGCGUGCGCUAUUUUCCUGCUGCGUGCUGAUCUGUGUCGCAGCCGGUAGCGGCGUGGGCGCAGUCAACAGUUUCGCUGCUGCCGUACUUAGGCAUUCUACGCACGCUGUACCGCAACUCAAUGUUACUUCUUACAAUUUCUCUAUGUACAAUGGUACUAUGCCGAGAUCGCUAUUCCAGACGUCAGAAGCAGGUUCAAUGUUGUGCGGAACAGCGCUGGUACUGGGGGCUGCUAUGGCUACCGUCACCGUAGAUAAAGUUGGUAGAAAGACGCUACUUCUGUGGUCCUGCUCCGGCAUCGCCUGCUGCUUAGCUAUUUUAGGCGUUUACUGUGACCCCCGUCUCCGUUUGUACACCCAAAGGAUAUGGCCAUACAAACGAUUGCUCAGAGAAAAGACUGAUUUAGCCAAUAUCACUUACCAGGCCAACAAAAACAUAAUUGAGGUGUCAUUGAAGAAUAUCACAGAGGGAUUUAGAAGUAUAACCGAUAUGAAAGCGGAAGGUUUCAAUGAGACAAGUUUUGGAAGAUUUGAUACUGGUAACAAUUCUGAUGUGGUUUGGUCAAAGUAUGGACUGAUAAAAGAAGAAGGAACCAUAUGGGCGCCAAUAGUGCUGCUCUCAAUGACCCUAUUUUUUUAUAACAUUGGACUAGGAUCGGUGCCCUUUGUUCUUGUUUCGGAAUUUUUUUCUAUUAAUGUUCGCAGUCUCGCCUCAAGUCUCGUCAUAUCCUGGAUGUGGCUCAGUAACUUCCUUCUCCUUCGCUACUACGGAACUAUCGCUGUCUUUCUCGGUCUACAUGGCACUUAUUAUAUCUCUGCCCUUGUGACUCUUCUAGGCUCAUUAUACACAUGUUUUAUUAUACCAGAAACCAAGGGUAAGUCCAAUGAACAAAUAGAAGAAGCCUUGGAAAGGCCUUUGUUGAGGCGGGGAAAAAGAAAAACGGAGGAACCUUGAUGAUAGUUUAUUGUUCACCCAUUUUUGGGGAUAUUAUAAUUACAAAUGAGGAGGGUGGUAAGGAACAAUAGGUUCCUAAAAAUAAGUUCGAAAUGAUUACAAAGGCUGGUCAUUUACAUUUGGAACUUUGUAAUUGUUGCAUAGCUUUAGUAAAACUUUUACUACUGUUUGUGUAAACGUUUAUGCCAAAAAUCAAUACGAGCGUUAGAUUUUGAAGUCCAAAGGUAACUUGUCAGCUAUUGAGGU